AUGCAGCGUCUCCUGGCGCAUCGAAGCCCCAUCGUCAGCUGCAAUUUCAACAUCGCGCAAGCCUGCCUCAGGGAAGUUCAUGAGGACGAGAACGAGGGCGACGCCGACAGUGGUUUCGAGUGCAAUCAGUUCUUGAAGCAGUUCGUCGUGGUGCCCGAGCUCGGCGAGCACCAGAAGGCAAAAGGCUACGUCCACUGGGUGGAAGUCUGGGACCUCUACGUCACGAUGCUGCUCUUCUUCAUGGCGUACUUCCUCCCGCUCGUCCAGGUGAUUGACACCAGCCAUCCUCCGGUGCAUCGUGCAAUCAGGACGAUAUCCUUCCUGGCAAACCUGACAUUCAGUCUAGACAUUUUGCUGCAGUUCUUCAUCGCUUACGCCAAUCCUCAGAGCGAUUUGUCUCGCGGGCCCUGGCAGCGAAACCCGUGCACCAUCGCGAAAGCCUACCUCGGCUUCGGCGACACCUUCGGAUGGUUUUGGUUAGACUUGGCCAGCAUCCUACCCUUCUGGCUCCGGGUGAUCACGGGACACAAGAGCUUCGACCAGUGGCAGAUCUUAGGUGUGAUGCGAUCCGUCAAGAUCUUCAGGAUGGUGAACCUCCCCCGCCUGGGUCGUUUCAUGAGCCGAUGGCACGCGAAAGUUGGGUUCUCGUACUACCUGAUCGACAUGCUGAAGUUCAUCAUCAUCACGACCUUGUGCGCCCAUUGGUUCGCCUGCCUCUGGAUCGGGAUCGAAGGCACCGUCACGAACGGGGACCUCAGCUACCACAUCGACAGUGGUAGCAGCUGGCUUUCGGCUCUGAUCGAGGCGAAGGGCGAUCCCUGCCGGCCCAGUGCCGCCAAGGAUCCUAACUGUGUCUACUUCAUGGCGCUCUAUUGGGCCACCAUGACGCUGACAACGGUUGGCUAUGGUGAUGUGACACCCCAGAACACAGCCGAGUACCUCGUGUGCACCGUCACAAUGCUGGUCUCUGGCUUCGUCUGGGCGUACAUUGUCGGUUCCGUGGUCUCCUUGAUACACAACAUGGACUCCAAUGCUGCUUUCAAGCGCAACAUGGAUGAUUUGAACGACAUGAUGGAAUCUCGGGGGCUGGAACCCAGUCUCAGAGUCCGCAUGCGGAAAUACAUGCACGAAUGCAUCGUGGCGCAGCAGCAAGCCACACAGGAGAGCCUGCUUCGCAACACCAUUUCUCCAGGGUUGCAGCGGGAGGUUGCGCAGAGUAGUCAGCGUGACCUCCUGAAGAACAUCUAUUGGGCGCAGGAAGCCCUGGCAAAAGCGCCUGAGAUGACUCCGGGCCAGCGGAAGGAAGUUGAAGAGAAACUCUCGUCCCUCCUCGAGCAGAUGAAGCCGAAUCCGAAGCCGGGCACAUCGAACGAAGCCAAGAAGUUCAAGGACGAGCUCGCGAAGGAUCCCUACAACAUGACACUGAUCUUUGAGCUGGGCAAGGCGUACUCUGUGGACGAGCAGUGGGAUCGUUGUGCGAAUGUCUUGCUCCGCGGCUUCAAGCGGGUGUCCGAGUUGGAGGCCGUGGAGGACCGAUUCAACUUCCUCGUGGUCCUGGCACAGGCGUCGCUUCAUCUGGAGAAGUAUCGGCAGGCUCUUGCGGUCAUCAAUGACAUCGCGGAUCCCGAUGACACGGAAAGUCUCAGGGGGCUGAACAUCCUCCGCUGCCAGGUUUACUGCUUGAACGGCGAGAUGCAAAAGGGGCUGAAGGCCUUCAACGCAGCGAUCACGGGUGACACCUUCGAAGUAGCGGUGAAAGCCUGGGCGAGCUGCAGUCGUGCGUUGAAGCAGGCCAACGCGUGGGUUGUCACGAAAGGAACCUUGACGAAGCUCACGCAGACCGAGGACGAGAGGAAGCAGCUCGAAUCCAUCGAAAAGCUUUGUGACUUCAAGGAGAACGGGGACUUUGAUGAUGGGAUCUGGGACUCGGACAAGCUCCACGUGCGGUUUUACAUCCUCUCUACUUUGGGGUACGGCGCAGCGGGGCUUGCCACGCAGUUUUACCCGGGUGAUAUGAACUGGGCCAUCCAGCUCAGCAAAGUCGUCAUCAUCCUGGCAUGGAGCUGCCAACUGCUUGCCAGCUGCGGAGCAGUACAGGCCAAGUGCAACGAGAAGUGUAUCAACGUAAUGUUUCGGAUACUCGGGCUAGUCGUGGUACUCGCCGGCUUGGUUGAGGUGGUGAUCCCAGGGGACAGGCACUUUCAAGGCUUCAUGUGGAGUCUUGCGGCCAUGGCCUUAGUAUGCGCCUUCGCGUGGAUUGUGGUGCAGCUCCACGACGACUCCAAAAUUGGUGCUAGAGGCGGUGAUUGCAAUCCCUCGGGCGCUUUCCGCUCUUUCUUCUGCCUCUUUGCAGUGGCGGGCUACGCAUGGGUCGCGAUUCUUGAGCCGGAUUGCGGCUACGCAGGGCAUUCUGCCUGCUACGCGAAUUGCUCUUCAGGACCAGGUGUACAUUUCGCAUUUUCGCAAAUACCACUCAUGUUCUUCUACGUGAUCCUACCAUGGCAGCAAACCUGCAAUCCGUUCCGGUGUGUUCUUCCAGACAUCCCCUGUUGGGGGAGUCAGAAGAUUGAGGAUGAGGAGGAGCAAGAAGCCGGGUCUGCGCCUGCCGCAGAGCAGGUGCCGCCUGCAGAAGGCACAAAGGAUGGGGAUAGCCAUCCUGAAGGACCGGUACCCUAA